AUGGAGCAGGUAUCACCUUCCACCUCCUUACUAUUUGUGGUCUUCUGCAGUAUGAAAAGCUUGCUAUCGAACAUCAACGCUGUUCCCCACCACCUAAGGACAGCGAAGCUGGCCUUGCUAUUCCUUACCGAGCUAUUUACUCCAGACGAAAGCUCUUUCCUCUCCUACCCUGUUCGCAAGUUAAGGGCGUAUAUCAACGGGCGAGCAAAGAGCGAAACAGCAGGCAUGGACACCCGUGGCAUCGUCAAGGUGCAAAGAAUUUCGCGUUCUCCCUCGACGUCCUAUGGUAGAAUUCAGCUGCAGGUAUUAGUCCGUACAGUUCUACAGAGCACUCUCCAUGAUUUAUGCUGUAGAAGAUGCAGAUUAGAAUAA